GUCGCCUUUCGAGCAGGAUUACCCAGUCAGCCGGACAACAAGUCAAAGGAUAUUUCCCCCCAAAAAGGAUAAUCAAAGCCAUCAUGUUCACCAAGUCUAUGCUGAGCUUCGCCCUGGUUGUGGCCCUCUUUGCUGUCUGCCACACCAGUCCAGUUCCGGACGAUAAUGGCAAGUAUACUGUUCCACAGCAAUCCUCUAGCGAUGGAAAGUAUCGCCCCAGCGACGAUGGACGGUACCAUGGGAAUACUCAGAACGAAGGACGGAGUGGUUCGCAAGAAAGUUUAGGUCGCUAUCACCACAUGCCACAGCCUUAUAGACAUGUGGACGAUCAGCGUGAGCUCGGAGUCUACCACCACAUUCCCAAUCCCUAUGACGGUGGCUAUGGACCCUAUGCCGGAUUGAAUCUUCCCUAUGUCCAUGACGACAGGCCCUACAACCACGACCUGUACACAACCACGACCACAAAGAAACCCACCACAACCACCAAAAGGACGACGACUUCAACCACUACGACCACCACCACGCCCCGGAAUAUCCUGUUCAACUACGAUGACGAGGGUCGCCACAAGAUUCUGCAUAAGGAAGAGGUCCGCAAGCAGGACAAAUACGAUCAUUCUUACCUGACCGAGAACGGAAUAUAUGGCGAGGAGCAGGCCAAGCUUCACCACACCGGAGGAACCCAUGCCAAGGGCUACUACGAGUACACCGGCGACGAUGGCAAGCUGUACCGCGUGAACUACGCCUCCAACGAUGGUGGCUUCAUGCCCGAAGGCGACCACAUCCAUCCGAUUCCCGAGGCCAUCGCCCGCGCUCUCAAGUACGUGGAGGAGCAGCACAAGGCCAAUGGCGGAGCUCAGUUCGACCAUCGCGGCUUCCGCAUCAAUCACAUGACCAAGGAGAUUAAGGCCCAGAUCAAGCAGAUCCAUUUGGAGACAAUGCCCAAGGAGCUGAGCGACCAGAUCCGCAUGCUGGAGCACGAGGUGGAACUCGCCGAGGAGGAGGAGCGCUUGGAGCAGGUCGAGAUGGAGCGCCUGCGAAAGGCACACAGAUCCCACUAAGUGCGAGUUGCGAGCUCGCCUCAUCCACAGCCAUAUGUUCCCGCUACCCAAGCCCCAGAAACAGUCCUAGUCCAUCCAGAAUCCAAAAUCCAAAAUCCAACACCCAACUCCAUUCCCCAUGCAUUUGCCGUGAUUUGAUCAACGGGCAAACACUAUAACAAGCCAUCGCAAUAACGCAAAAAAAAUCAACAAAAAAAGGAAAAGGAAAAGGAAGGUGAUUAAUAUCAGCAUCGAAUUGCUACCGGAGAAUAUUCGUACAUAUAGUCCGCUUCUAUGUUAUUUCGUAUUUAUUUAUCUGUCGAACUUGUCGAAUUUGACGAUGUUGCUAUGCAUAAGAUAACUAAUUUGUUAUAUGGUAUAUCGAAAUAAAACCUACUAAAUAUUUGUUAUAAA